AAUUUUAUACAAAUCAAAGAUACUGUAGUAUCCAUCCCCACACCUCACUCAUAUGCAUCUUGUUUCUGUGUCACAGUUCCAAAUCAAGCAAGUCUGCAUCAAUCAUCACGAGCUCUCAACCUUCCAUUUCCAUAUCCAUCUCUCUCUCUCUCUCUCUCUCUCUCUCUCACGCAUUUUGCGUAGCUUUCAGAUUCUUAGUUGAACCUCAAAUUCGACAGCUACAUUACCCGCCACAGGACCGAAUCGGAAGAUGAAACCGAGAUCGACCCGUCAGCGAAGAUCCGGCGUCACCGGCAGGAGGAAUACCAGACCGGAGACUUCUCCAGUGAAAUGUAAAGCGGAGGAUCGGAACAGGGAGCGAUGCUGCGCGGUUGAAGAGGAUGAGGAUGAUGAUGGUGAUUGGAGCAAUCAGGCUGAUGAGACACAGAGCAAGGAAGGAAGGGGAAGUGUGAAACCUGAUACUGGAAGGAAACUCGCGGCGGGAGUGUGGCGGUUGCAAGCCCCCGAUGCGGUUUCUAGCGGUGGAGAUGAGAGGAGGAGAAUGGAUGCGUUAGGGUUUCGGGGAAGUGGUUGUGGACAUUUGGGUCCUCUGUUUUUCUACCAUCAUGAUCACAAACAUUCUGGCUUUCAAACUAACAAUUUAAGAAGCAUCCCUUGUCCUCCAACAAAGGGUGGGUUCUUGUGUAAGGAGCCUUCGAUACCAUUUCCUGACUCCGCGAUGGAGGCGGCAACAAAAUGGGAUCCUAUACGCUUAGAUGCAAGGGAUGACCUCCACCAAAUCUACAGCAACGUGAAGCUGAUUGAUCAACAAGGGAAUGCUGCUUCUUCUGUUGAGCUGAAACUUGAGGAAGCUCGUGCUCGCAUCCAGGAUCUCGAGAGUGAGAAGCGAUCUCAGAGAAAGAAGCUUGAGCAGUUCCUGAGGAAAGUCAGCGAGGAGAGGGCGGCUUGGCGGAGCAAGGAGCAUGAGAAGGUCCGAGCAUUCAUUGAUGACAUGAAAGAUGGCAUCAACCGUGAAAAGAAAGCUCGUCAGAGAUUAGAAGCUGUUAAUCUAAAACUAGUCAAUGAGCUUGCAGAUUCAAAGCUGGCUGUGAAGCGUCACAUGCAUGAUUACCAAAAGGAAAGGAAGGCAAGAGAGUUAAUGGAAGAAGUCUGCGAUGAGCUUGCUAAGGAGAUAGAAGAAGAUAAAGCUGAGAUUGAUGCAUUGAAGAGUGAAUCCGUGAGUUUGAGAGAGGAAGUAGACGACGAGAGAAGAAUGCUGCAGAUGGCUGAGGUUUGGCGUGAGGAACGUGUCCAAAUGAAGCUCAUUGAUGCCAAAAUAACACUCGAGGAGAAGUACUCGCAAAUGAACAAGCUCGUAGGAGACUUGGAGGCGUUUCUCAGUUCAAGAAAUGAUACUACAAGUGUGAAAGAGGUGAGAGAGGCUGAAGUGUUAAGAGAGACGGUUGCAUCAGUCAGUAAUGUGCAAGAAGUCAAGGAGUUUACGUAUGAACCUUCAAAACCGGAUGAUAUCUUCAUGUUAUUUGAAGAUAUGAACUUGGGUGAAGCCAACCAAGAUGAAGAAGGCCACGGUUCAGAAGUUGACAGGGUAAGCUCAGAUGUCAAUUUGAUCAACAAUGGGAGACACUCUAAUGCCUUCACCGACCAGAAUGGUGAGUUUGAAGAAGAAGAUGACAGUGGUUGGGAAACUGUGAGCCAUCAGGAAGAACACAGAUCAAGUUUCUCUCCAGAUGAGAGCGCCCAUUUCAGUAGCAACAAUCAUCAACGUGACAGCAAUGUAACGGCGAAUGGCACAGAGUUUCAGAAGACUCCAUUAAGAGAAAUAAAAGAAGUAUGCUCGGUUCCUAGAAGGCAAACCAAGAAAGUGUCGUCAAUGGCGAAGCUAUGGAGUUCAUUAGAAGGUAUAAACGGAAGGGUUUCAAACGCGAGAAAGUCAAAUGCGGGGAUGGUUUCACCAGGGAAAGGCGGAUUCAGCAGGUUGGACUUGGUGGGCUCGUCACCGGACUCAGCAUAUGCUAAUGUAAACCGAGGAGGGAUGAAAGGGUGCAUAGAGUGGCCUAGAGGUACUACACAUAAGAACAGCGUAAAGACAAAGCUUAUGGAAACACAAGUCGAGAGACAAAAGGUUCAGCUGAAACAUGUCCUUGAGCAUAAGAUCUAGGCUACUACAUACUCUGAAACUAGUCUUUGUGGCUGAGCAGCAGCUCAACUGCUAUUACCAUUGUCUUGUGAUCUAGCCGGUGAAGCCAAUCACGGUGGUGUAUUGAUGGUAGCUAUAGCAAAAUAACCUUGUGUUUGAUUACUGCCAUAGGUUGGCUGAGCUAGCUUUAGCGACAAACCCAACUACUUGUUGGUUGCUAGGAGCAAAGACUUUAAUGGUACUUUUCUUUGACCAAUUUUGUGGCCAUCUUAGCCCAAAUUGAGAUGUUAGGUCAAUGAUAUAUCUUCUUAUAUUUUACUACUACAUUGUCAAUAUACUUGUAAAACUGUAUGAUGCAUGUCUCUAGCUAUAACUUUACCAUUCACAAUAAUGGAGAGAAGUAUCUUUAAAUGA